AUGACCGAAAGUUUCCUAAAAAGAAUGCGUUGGAAAGCACAUUUCUUCUUGAACACAACAUCGGAGCAUAGAGAAUAUCCAUUCCACUUAAAAACGAGAAAAUGCCCACAAGUGGUUCCUCAACUUGAACCCUUCGAAAGCGACAUGUUCAACCUUGUAGAGGACAUAAAAUUUCGCAAAGCAUCAACACCUUUUCAAUCACAGUUAAACAACGACAUCACUAGAAUUAAUGGUUCAGACAAA